GUGCACUGAAAGAAGUUGGACAAAUUGUGUCAAAUUAAUUGGAAUUGAGUCUUGAUUGAGAGUGCCGUGUUAUUCGCCAAGUCGCCAUUUGGAAGCGAGAAUUUGCGGUAGCAUUAUCAAUUUCGGGCGUUUCUGUGGAGGCUCGACACAUACACAUCCAGCCAAUCGGAGUGAAAUCAGCAUCGAGGGUCGCACCAUGGAUAGCGUAAAGUCGUUCUUCGCCGGUUCCAGCAAAGACACCAACAUGGCCAACAACCAGCAGUCGAAUGGUCUGGGCUCCGCCAUUAGUAGUCGCUGGGGACGCAGCUGGAGCACUAGCUCCCAACAGGCAGAUCCGGAUCCCACUACCUCCACUUUCUCGGCCAGCAAGAGUGCCAAUCCGUGUGAUGCCAAGCGGAAGGACAGUGAUAGUUACUUUUAUAUCAUGUGGCGCGCUUGAAGAUUAAAACGACGACGAGUGAGGAUCUGGACAGCAGAGUGUCAGCAUAGCCAUUUCGUCAGAUGUCUCGUUAUC